ACAAAUAUUGACUGUAGCUAACUAGGAGAACUAGUGUUGCGUUAAAUAACGAGCAAACACGAAUGUGAAAUAGGAUCCUACACAUGAGGUGUAGAAUUUCAACUUUAUUUAAUAUUCUCCUUGUAAAGAGUUUCGGCAAAUUUAGCUGGUGAGAUGUGGUUAACAUACCCGGGUGUAUGCUAUGAUAAUAUUUUAAAUGUUUGUUAAAAGUUAUUUCAAGCUUCAGAAAGGAUUUAAUAUGGUCAUUUUGAUGAAACGUUCAUGAAUAAUUUCUCCUGAGUGAAAGAGAACUUGAGAAGAUACUAAAAUAAAGAUUAAUCUUUGUCUGUGUGUAUUUCGCAAAUCAACGGUCACGUGAUGUGAUGGUAAUUUACCUGAACCAGUACAAUAGCUCUAACGGUAGAAAUUAUCUGUUGAUCAGAUUGUAGAAAACUACAUCUACACAAAGACAUCUACAUAUACACAUAGACACCUGCAUCUGCACAUAGACACCUGCAUCUACAUAUAGACACCUGCAUCUACACAUAGACACCUGCAUCUACACAAAGACACCUGCAUCUACAAAAAGACACAUGCAUCUACACAAAGACACCUGCAUCUACACGAAGACACCUGCAUCUACACAAAGACACCUGCAUCUACGCAUAGACACCUGCAUCUAUACAUAGACACCUGCAUCUACACAAAGACACCUGCAUCUACACAAAGACACCUGCAUCUACACAAAUACACCUGCAUCUACACAUAGACACCUGCAUCUACACAAAGACACCAGCAUCUACACAUAGACACCUGCAUCUACACAUAUACACCUGCAUCUACACAGAGACACAUGAAUCUACACAUAGACACCUGCAUCUACACAAAGACACCUGCAUCUACACAUAUACAUCAACACAUAGACAUCUACAUCCACAUAUAGACAUUUACAUCUGCACGGGCUGGAGUGAUAGGGUUGUGAUAACAUCAAUUAUUCAGGCGGUCAAAUCAUCAACAGUAAUCAAGGAUAUUCCAUCUGAUGUUUUAUGUCAAUGUAUUUCUGUUAAAAUCCUUGAAAUUGUGACAAGUACAAGUUCACCAUACACUUCAGUGAAAAUAACAAAUAUACGAGAACAUUAAGAUAUAACAAUUUAAUUUGAUAAUGGGAUCAGUUCGUAAACGUACGAUAUAUUUUUUGACUUUGUUCAGCAUUGUUAUUGUAUUAUUUUUCAUGUCAUCGGGCUACAAUAAAAACUCUUAUAUUGAACGGUUUAACUCCAAAACGAAAUCGUUUCAAGAUUCAAGUUUACACUCCUUACUGUCAUAUGACGUCAAUGUCGCCGUGCUUAUAUUUAGUAACCGUAACUCAUUUUCCAGACGUGAAACUAUUCGAAAAUCCUGGGCCAAAGAUAAUACACAUGUUUACUUCUUAGUGAGCGGGUUGUAUUGUGCAUAUCCAUCAGAACAGCGCAAAUCUGGAAAAUGUGAACCUAAAGAUAAAACUGUUGCACGUGAUCAAACAUACCUAGACAAGGAAGAAGAAAUAACGAAAAAGCUGCGUGAUGAACCUAACGUUAUACUUAUGAACUCCACGGAUAUUUAUGAAGAUAUACCAGGUAGUAUCAAAAACAGUUAUCACUGGGUCUUACAAAACGGAAAUCCUGACUGGAUCUUAAAUACAGAUGAUUCAGUUGAUAUUGAUUUACAAACUUUAGAAACAUAUCUUAAAUCAGAGCUUGAACAAACAGAACAGACUGUUCUUAUCCAGUUGUUGAAAUGUGAGUCAGUACAGUCAGAUAGUAAAAAUGACAAAGACUGUAAAAAUGUGAAGCCGGGUUAUUUAUCGCCAUUUAUGUGCAAAUUUAACCAGGCUGUUUCGCGGAAAUAUGCUCAAGUGUUUAAAGGCAGCGGAAAGUCAAUAUUUGAAUACACACACAGUAAUGAUAAAACAUUUAUACGAAUAUCUGAUUCCUCACUGUUACAGUCUUUACAUCGAGAGAGUCAUCUAAAUUUUAUAUCCUCGAACGGGAAAAUUACAAAUCCGGAAGUAAUAGUUUUAACACUAGAUUUAGAUAAUGCUAGUCCACAAGUUCAAAGUAAAGAUGAACAAUUAACAUUAAGUGAGAAUCCUUCACUAUAUUUGAACACAGACAGGUUUGACGUUGUUGUUAAAAUGGUUUAUGCAUAUUUCUAUGUGUUUGAAAAGAAAGUGCCACCUGUUGUACAAGAAGCAUAUACUGAACAUCUGAGAGUAUGGAACCAUUUUAAAGAAGGUUGUGGGCUAAAGAAAGUUUGGUAUGAUUCUAAAGUAGAGUGUAAAACGAAAAAGAAUAGCUCUGACUUCGUUUCAGCCUUCCAUAGCACAAUAGGAAACAUUAAAGAACAUGGUUUUAGUGCUGAUAGAUCAAGAAUACCGGUUGAUAAAAAUGGUUUUCUGUUAAAUGGUGCACAUAGAAUAUCAUCAUCUGUAAUCCUAUCUAGAAAUGCAAGUUUUGAACAUCAAACAUACGCCGAACAUAUUGGGUGGGGUUAUAAGUUUUUUAAAGGUUUAGGAUUGACGGAAAGAUAUUUCAAAAUAGUCAUGCUGGAAUGGAUGAAGAUACAGAGAAAGUUGCCCGAGCUGAAAACGCAUGUUUCUAUAGUUUCAAUAUUUUCAAAUGAUAAGAAUAAAGAUGAUGCAAUGCGAACAAUUGUUAAAAGCAGCUGCUCUAAAGAUAACGGUAUUCUAUAUGAAACAACUGUGGAACUGACAAAACAGGGAGCAAGACAGUUAAUAUCGCACAUGUACGGCCGACAGUCUUGGUUAGAAACAAAGAUUCAACAAAUGAUAGCAAAAUUCAGUUCUACAUUUAAUGCUCGAUUUCUGUUUAUUUAUGCUAAGGAGCAGAGUGAAUUAGUUAAAUGCAAAGCUAAAAUCAGAAAACAUUAUGAUGACAAGAUAUUUAAAUCAACAGCUCAUAUACCAGAUAACAUGGAAGAAAAUUUAAUUCUAGCAGAAAUGAUUCUAAAUCCCAACUCGGUACAAUUUAUGAACUACGCUAAAGAUCCGAGCGAUUGUAAAUUAAUAGCAGAAGAAAUCGCUAGACGAACCUCGCAAAAGUCAAUCAAAACACUUCCUGGAAUUUAUAUUGGCAGAGAUGACGUCAUGGUGGACUCCGGAACUGUUCUUGGCUUUUUUGGACUCCGAAAACGGACAGAUGUAGACCUUUUAUUUUCAAAUGAAAUCGAUAAGUCCAUUUUGGGAAAUAAGAAUGGAAUGUCAAUUCAAGUACAUGCUUUCAAAAAUAAUUCAAUAUCUAAUGAACGUCCUUGGGGUGAAGAUCAUUUUAAAGUCAGUGGAGUAAAAGACAAAUGGGAUUUAUUUUAUGAUCCUGAUAAUUUCGGUUAUUGUUAUGGUAUAAAAUUUGUGUCACUUAAACAGUUGAUCCGGUAUAAAACUGUGAGAAACGAGCCUAACAAGGAUAUGCGUGACGUGGAACUUAUAAACAACUUUUUAAAUACAACGAAGUCAUAGCAAUAUGUAUAUUAGGUUGUGAUG